AUCUAUCUUCCUUUUCUGCUCCUUCUUAUCUCUUUCCCUGCCAUUUCUAAAGGUAAAGAGUAAAGUUUCCUCAGAAUUCACUUUACGCGCUGUGAGAAGGACCGUGGAAGAGAGCGAGCAGUGGUGAGGAAUCUUCUUCAUGGCGAUACAAUAAAAACGUCCGUUGUUUGAGAUUCCAUAUUUCGAAUCUUUCAAGUUGAGAUCCUAACAAAAAGCUUGAAUCAACUGUGCUCGUAACAAGAAGGACACCCAAGACAAAAACACGAAUUUCAUAGGAAGCAUCCUUGGUUAUUUCAAAGGAAGCACGCUAAAAAAAGAGAGAGAAAAAAAAAACACUCAAAUUGGGUUAUUCAUGGAAGAGACUACAGAGCGUGUUGCUCUUCAAGAGAGAUUGAGGAUGAUGUCUUCGGAAAUUGUGGAAAAGGGUCAAAGCAGUGAAAGCAACAAGCAAAUACUGAGGUCAACACUUAAGGAUAACGCUCCCGUGGUGCUAGAGAUCAAGCAAUACAACGAACACUUGAAUCCACCCAGAGAAGAAAUCAACACCCUUAUAGGAGAAAAAGAUGCAAAAGAAAAAUUUGUUUGUAAAUGCUUCUCCAAGUGUCUAUCUUUGUUUCUCUGCAGAUUUGGGCAGAAGAGGGGUCAUUCAUUUGCUGGUGGUGAGAAGCAAGCUCUUGUGGCAAAAGAUAUUGAAGAGAACCUUUACAAAAUGAGAGAAAUUCUUGAGCUUCUUAGCAAAGGGAGUUUUGAGAAGAAUCUUGGUGGUGUUGGAGGACCAAUGAAGUGUCCUUUUGGUGUUCCUCAAAAACCAGAAUUCACUGUUGGGUUGGAUGAACCGUUGAGUAAGUUGAAGGUGGAGGUUCUUAGAGAUGGUGUGUCCGUUGUUCUGCUAACUGGUUUGGGUGGAACGGGUAAAACCACCUUGGCUACUAAGCUAUGCUGGGAUGAACAAGUCAAGGGUAAAUUUAGUGAAAAUAUUAUAUUUGUCACUUUCUCAAAAACGCCCCAGUUGAAGAUUAUUGUGGAGAGAUUAUUUGAACACUGUGGAUGUCAAGUGCCUGAUUUUCAAAGUGAUGAAGAUGCCGUUAAUCAAUUGGGACUUUUGCUGAGGCAAAUUGGUAGAAGUUCAGUGUUGUUGGUUCUGGAUGAUGUUUGGCCUGGCUCAGAAGCUCUUGUCGAGAAAUUUAAAGUCCAGAUACCAGAAUAUAAAAUUUUGGUGACUUCUAGGGUUGCAUUUUCUAGUUUUGGCACACAGUGUAUCUUAAAACCACUCGUUCAUGAAGAUGCAGUAACCCUUUUCCGUCAUUAUGCUCUCUUAGAAGAACAUGGUUCAAGCAUUCCUGACGAAGAACUUGUCCAAAAGGUUGUUCGAAUCUGCAAGGGUUUACCACUUGCCGUCAAAGUAAUUGGGAGAUCACUCAGUCAUCAGCCUUCUGAGUUGUGGCUAAAGAUGGUGGAAGAAUUGUCACAGCAUUCUAUACUUGAUUCUAAUACUGAACUACUUACAUGCCUCCAAAAGAUCUUGAAUGUUUUGGAAGAUGAUCCUGUCAUCAAGGAGUGCUUCAUGGACCUAGGGUUAUUUCCUGAAGACCAAAGAAUUCCUGUUACCUCUCUCAUUGAUAUGUGGGCAGAGUCGCAUAGUCUAGAUGAUGAUGGCCCAGAGGCAAUGGCCAUUAUCAACAAAUUAGACUUCAUGAAUCUGGCUAAUGUCUUGGUAGCAAGGAAAAAUGCUAGUGACACAGACAAUUACUACUACAAUAACCAUUUCAUCGUCCUUCAUGACCUUCUGAGAGAACUUGCAAUUUAUCAAAGCACUCAGGAACCAACGGAAGAGGGAAAAAGAUUGAUUAUUGAGAUAAAUCAAAAUAAACCUCGUUGGUGGCUUGGGGAGAAGUCAACACUGCUUAAGCACCAACAGGCCACUGCCCAAACAUUGUCUAUAUUAACUGAUGAAAAUUGCACUUCAGAUUGGCCCCAAAUGCAACUAGCUGAAGUUGAGGUUCUGAUUUUUAAUAUUCGAACUAAACAGUAUUUCUUUCCGGAUUUCAUAGAAGAAAUGAACAAACUCAAAGUUCUUAUAGUCACAAAUUACAGUUUCUAUCCUUCUGUAAUGAACAACUUUGAGCUGAUUGGCUCUUUAUCUAAUAACCUGAAAAGAAUCAGAUUAGAGCGGAUUUCUGUUCCUUCCUUUGUUGCAAUGAAGAAUCUUAAAAAGUUAUCCCUCUACCUGUGUAAUAUGAAACGGGCGUUUGAAAACAAUGACAUGCUAAUUUCAUAUGCUUUUCCAAGUCUUGAAGAGUUGAAUAUUGACUAUAGCAAAGACAUGGUGGGAUUGCCUAAGGAGCUCUGUGAUAUUAUCUCCCUGAAGAAGCUCAGUAUUACUAAUUGCCACAAACUCUCUGCACUGCCGCAAGAAAUUGGAAAGUUGGAGAAUUUGGAACUCCUAAGGCUCAGUUCCUGUACUGAUUUGGAAGGGUUACCAGAUUCUAUUGGAAGGCUUUCAAAGCUACGACUUCUUGAUAUCUCAAAUUGCAUAAGCCUUCCUAAUUUGCCAGAGGACUUUGGUAAUCUGUCUAAUCUACAAAAUCUCUACAUGACAAGUUGUGCAAGGUGUGAAGUGCCACCCUCAAUCGCCAAUCUUGAGAAUUUAAAGGAGGUGGUAUGUGAUGAAGAGACGGCUGCUUCAUGGGAAGAUUUCAAACCUCUACUUCCCAAUCUAAAGAUAGAUGUUCCUCAAGUUGAUGUUAACUUGAAUUGGCUUCAUACAAUUUCCUCGUAAUACUUGCUUCAUGCAGUUCAGGUUGUCUUUCCCAAGAGUCCAUGAUCACACCAAAAAGCAAAAACAACUAAAUACAGUUUUCACAUUGGAUUAUGGUAAAAGGAAACAUCCCCCUUAUUAAUCAGUGCUGAAGGGGAUUUGCUGUUAAGGAACUCAUCAAACACAAAACCUUUAUGAAUAUCCAAGUUCAACAAAGAGAUUCAUAAUUUUGUGAUCAGCUAAGAUAUCCAUCCUUUUAUAUAUCCAUCAAUUGGAUGGAAGAAAGACAGCUUGAGUGUCAACUCACUAUGUCCGAAGCAUCUAAUGGUAUGACAUAACUGAGCAAUGGUUCUGGGGUCUAAUUCAAAAUUCUAGUAGCAAUGUGCUUGUUUGUCUGUAAAAAGCUUGAAUAUUUUGGAACAUAAGGCCAUUGAGUGUUUUAGGGACCUAUGUAUUUUUAUUCCUAAAGACCAGAGGAUCCCGAUCAUGCCGCUGCAGCAGAGAAAAUUUAUGAACAGGUCAAACUGAACAUGGCUGAUUUUGUUGUUACAGGGUAUGGUGGCAUGCUCUUAAAUAAUUUGAUGUGCUGUGCUAUAAUCAUGUAAAGCUUAAGCCACUUAUAAGAAUAAACAGGAUACAAUACUCUGCUGUUAAAUUUGCUA